AUGCUGCUGGCACGCGACUUUCUUGAAACUUGGCAUGGGCUGGCCAAGAGCACCCUUGUGCUGGAGUCUAUCUUGUGCGCUUUCUAUCUAGCCUUGGACGCGUGUUUUUCAUGCGUGCUGUCUUGCAUCAGCUUACCUCUUGCAGCCGGUUCCCUGCUUUUUUCAGGUCUUAGUCGCCUUGGCCGCCUUGGCCCCAGGAAGUUGGAGAAAGCGGCAUCCCAGUCGCCCCUGGAGGGCGCACCGCUGGCAGAGCCUAACAUUGAAGCAGCAAAGCCGCAAGGCUUGGUGCAAGACCAGUUCCGAAUCUGCUCCAAUCCAUCAGGUAGCCAAUGCAGCGGUAGCCUGGGGAUGGUGAAGCUGAACAUUUAUGAUGUGUCGCACGAGUCGAGCAUACAGAACCUCAACGUGUUCUUGGCACAUCCGCUGUCACCUUUCAAGUUUGGUGGCGUUUUUCAUGCUGGUGUGGAGAUCGGAGGAGAGGAAUGGUCCUUUGGGUAUGCACCCUCUGGCUCGGGUUUGCACUGCUCGCUACCACGAGAACAUCCACAACAUAACUUCAGAGAAACGCUAGAGCUAGGGCCGACCACGAUGACCAAAGCGGAGGUAGCCGCGCUUCUUGAGACGAUGCUGGACGAGUAUCCUGGAAGCAGCUACCAUCUGAUCCGAUGCAACUGCAAUCACUUCGCAUCCGAUUUCCUCAAGCGUUUAGGUGUUGGGGAGCUUCCUGCUUGGGUUGAACGACUAGCCUGUGGCUUGCCUCCAUGUCAGCUUUUCCCUUCGAUGCGUCGGGCUGGAGUGGGGUCAUUUGUUGGCCACAUGUUGCAAUGA